AUCGUCUGCUUCGCAACAAGGCUGAAAAGGAAACUGCGCGAAGCAGCAUGGAACUCUUUCUUUCUUGUUUAAGUUAACUAAUGACUUGAAUGUUUUAAGAUAUGAUAUUUUUGUGAUGUACUGAUCAGUCUUGUGUUCUCCGGUCUCAGCGACGGGUUUUCUUCCCCUCUGUGCAAGCUGCCUGCAAGUUCUCGCGCUUUUUGGACCGUACAUUUGCGAGGAAUGACAUCGUCUAAAAUCACUAUCAAGAGCAUCGGCGUGCGACUGAACAGCCCCGCCAUCGUUGUCGUGUACGAAAUGAGCAGCGGCACGCUUCACAGGAGGACGAUGCCCGUGAGGGGCCUGUUCGAGAACUCGGACGUCAAAAGCGUAGCCGAAGCGCUGCGCGACCGGCAUUCAGCGGUUCUAAGCGGCGCGCCUCUGGUACAAGUGGAGAAGAUGUUGCGCAUUCUGCAGGAAAACAUGAAAGGGCACUCGUUGGAAGAGUGUCUGGCGAAAGUGAACGAAGAGUUCACGGUAAACCCCGACGAAGACCUGAACAAACUGGACGACGAGACGUUGCAGAGGAAGAAAGACCUGAUGAGCUUAUCUUUCGAGAAGAGUCGUAAGAAACCCGGCGACCCGGACUUUCAGUACGAUGUCGAGGAAGAUUUCGAUGUCGAAGGCGCGAUCGAGACGUCCGGAUGGGACUCCGACAAGAGCGGCGAUUUCAACUUCUGAUGCAGCUGCAACUCAAUUGGCUUUCCAAUUUUUAAUAGAUACUGUGCAUCUUUCUUUCAGUUCUUUCUUUUGUGAACGCAAGAAUAUUGCUCGUCAUUCUCAACGUGCCAAGCAGUGACUGUGCGCGCAGUGAUGCUUUUAUAAAGAUUAAGUUGUAACAAUACCUAGGCUUAUUGCUGAAAAGGAGUUGAUGCCCCUUUUCCCAUAACUUUUGUUUUUCCGCCUUUGGCGACCGAGUGAGUGUGCAUCUCAGUUUGCUGCCAGUAUUAGUUUGUAAGGCUUGGUCUAGCUGAGCCAACGGGCUGUGCUGAAGGCAGUGCGGCUUUGUAUCAAAAGAAACGAAUACGAAUUAAUGAAUCACUUGGUGAGAGAAACCCAUGUCACACAGCGGGUCAGUGCGCCGGAGCCGAUGGCGUGAGUUUGGAUCGGAUUAUGGAUAUGCCGAAAGGAACUGGCGUAAUUGUAGCUAUAGUAUAAAGGAAGUCCAGCGGUCGCUUCAGAAAAUUCAUUCGAAAUUCGUUAAAAAUAGGCAAUUUACGACAAGGAGCAAUUUUAGUCAAGGAUAAAACGGAC